GUCGCAACUUGGUGCAGUAAGCGAUCGUGAAAGCUGCGGUAAGGAGUUGUGUGAAUGCCUCCUCCACAGAACUUUCUGUACUAAACUGUGCUUUAUCCACCGCACGUAAUAUUGAAACCUGGAGGAACUUAAUUGUACAACUUAAAGCAGGAUGUGGCAGCCAACACACGUCCAAGUAACAGUACAAAGAGCGAGGAAUCUACUCUACAAGGGGAAAAAUGAGACAAACGACGCUUUCGUGGUUAUUGCACUCGGGAAGGACAAGUUCCAGACGUCCAUCAAGGAGAAGGCGUCCAGCAACGUAGACUGGCAUGAGGAAUGCGAGCUAGCUAUUCCAUCACAUGGGAACACAGCUUCAUUAAAACUUACAGUAUUUCAUCGCAAUGCCCUUGGGCUUGAUGAAUUUUUGGGACAGAUUGAGCUUCCCCUUAGUGAGUUUGAUGUGUAUGAAAGACCCAGGAAUAGAUGGCAUCGAUUGAAAGGAAAACCAGAGAAAGACCGCAAAAAGGGAGAAAAAGAAAGGGGAGACCUCGAAGUUAGGGUUGCGUUCACAGUAAAAUCUGGAUCACUUCUGGAUGUAUCCAACAAAACAAGUAAAAAUAAAUCCAUAACAUCUUUAAAGAACCUAGGUGGUAGCUUAAUGAGUUUAGGCAGCAAAGAAAAAGCAAGCUUAAAGAAUUUUGCCAAGUCAGUCAGUCAUAAAAUAGACAAGGUUGCACACAAGCCAGGCAAAAAGAAGAGUCGUAAAGAGAGUCGAGACAGCCAAGGCUUCCCUCAGGAGUUAAUGCAGUCGCGGCAGCAUGCAGGAGAAGCAGAUCCAGGUGUUAUAUCUGAUAGUGAUGAUGAAGGAUUUGGGUUUGAUGAAGAAGUUACAGUUAACACUCGCUCCAGUAGCCCUUACAGCACCAUAUCCAGAGGUUCUUCUCUCCUUCAGGAGUCUCAUGAAGAUGAAGCCCUGCGCCAUAACAGCCACAACCUGUCCAUCCCAGAAACAAGGCCACCUCCAAAACCAGCUCGUCUUGGAGGCCAUGUGGAUGUGCCCGUCAUAGCUGUGGAGCCCAUGCCCCCACCAUCUCCUCAAUCCUCAAUUUCUUCUCACUCUCAGGAACCCUCAACCCCUGUAACUACUUCCAACCCACCCAUGAUGUUCCCAAACCUAACCCCAAUUAAUCUCUCCUCCCAUAAUGAUUCACAGUCAUCUCGUGACAGUGCUUCAUCAGAUUCUGCAAUGACUAUGUCGCUAACUAGUAGUAUAACCACCAAAGAUUACUCAAUACCAAGUUUGGAGCCUGUUUCCCCUGAAGUUACCCCAGAGCCAACCCCAGAACCCGCCCCUUCACUUAAAGAAGAGCAUAAACCCAAUGUGCCAAGAGAACCUCCUUCUCCAGAGAGACCUGUUCGAUUUAAAAGAUCUUCUAGCGUUACUGAGACUACUGCUCCACCUUCUCCUGCUUCUGUAAAAUCUGAACAAUCACUGGCAGUCCCAUCACCAACUAAGGGACGUUCACUUAGUACUUCAGCAGCCCCAAAAGUUAUGGAAAGAACAGUCAUUACUCCUCCUGCAAAGGAACCUUCCACUCCAAAAGGGUCAGCUCUUGAGUCAUUGGUAUCUUCUGCAUCAAAAGUAUCACUUGUUGAAAGGGCCCUUGUUUCUCCAACUACUCCACCUACUCUUGAGAAGAAUGACUCUAGCCAGAAUAUUUUGGAUGUUAAAGCACCAAGUGAACAAAAUGGGUUCAAUGUAUCUGCUCCACCAACUCCCACCACACCUAGUGCUUUUACAUAUAACUUUGGAUCUGGCUCAGCCACACCCUCUACUCCUGCUACUCCCAAGGAGAGCAGUUCUGGUCCCACUCCUGCCACCCCAACUUCCCAGACAUCCCGAGGGACCCCAGGGCUGGCUGAGCGGCCCAGUGCUGCAGUGGUGCGUUCUGGGUCCCUUCAUGAAAAGCCCAACACUCAGCCCAUCGUUGAUGAGUGGGAGAGGAAACUUUAUGGCAGGAAUGCUAUUGUUGGAAGUAUGGAGAACAUGAAUAGAAGUGACAGUCGAUCUUCCCUUGGCAAUUCACGUUCUAGCAGCACCCAAGAUGUUACACGAGGAGAGGAACCUGGAACAAGGUUCCCAGAAAUAAAGGCUUUGCGUCUUGAGAAGAAAUCAAGAGAAGACGGUGAUGAAAGUGAAGGAAAAAAGAGACGAGGCAAAGUUGGAGGACUUAAAUCCAAACUCUUUGGAGGAAAUAGUCGAGAACGCAUUGGAGAAGAAGAUGGACGGUUUGUUGAGGGAGGAAAUGAUCGUCUUCCACAUCCUCCAACACAUCAGUCACGUUUGCCUCAAGAGAUUCAUGAUAAAUUUGCUGGGAAGUCACGAGAGGAUUUACUUGAGAUGAUUGUUAACCUGCAAGCAUCAAUAGAAAAGAAUGCUCGCCACACUAGGGAUCUUGAAGACUAUAUUGAUGGCCUUCUUUUGCGAGUGAUGGAAACCACACCAAACCUCUUACAAGCACCCAUCACCAAAGCCAAAAAAUUAAACAACUAAUAAAGACCGCAAAAACAGAACUGGUCAAGCAAACACUACAAAAGUGUUUGGCCGCUCGUAAAGAAGCUUGAUAGGAAAUUCCAGUAAGGACGUACUCCACAGGCACUCCCCUGCUUGCCUGGUUUUGCAACAUCAAGCAGUUUAAGAUUUUCCUUUGGGCUUCCAAUAUCACUGAACUUUUGUGUAAAUAUGUAUGGCACUGUUUAACUAAAAAAAUUGUUUCAUUUUUUUCAGGAAUUAUUAGUAUGGGUGACAUCUAUGCAGUUUUAUAUAGAUAUGAAAUAAAAUAUUAGUUUUUCGUUGUUACAAACCUAUGACUUUCAAAAUGUAAAUAUUGUGUGAUUUCUCUUUUUGUCAAUUUUCAAAUUUGUACGUGGAAGGGAAUAUCAUUCUAUUGUUUCAUGUCACCAUAAUGGGAGUAUAAAAGAAAAUAUAUAAAUUACAUCCAAGUCUUCAGAAAGCAAUAAAACUAUGGCAUUAGAUCUGAAUGGAGAUUUGAUUUUUCUCUUUAUCAGUGUUCAUCUGGUACAGAGUAUGUGAGAGGGUUGUUGAUUGUUACUUGAACCAGAAGUUUUUUGCUUUGGUCCAUGAAAUUAUUUUCAAAUGAAAAAAUAUUUUGAAGAAACUUUGUAUGACAACUAAAUGUGAGUAUAGUAGUUAUAUAUAUAUUUCUCUUGCAUGUUCAUUCAAAUUCACUUUGUAAUCUCUUCAUUGGACUUGCAGUAUGUAGCCAGUGCCAAAAAUUAAGCAAGUUGAAUAUGCAAGCCUCUGUUGCUUGUGUAUCACUUUGUGAGAGAUAUUAUGCAGUCCUUUCUCACAGUUAUAAUGUUAUUUAUCCUUAUUAGUUCAUGAUUUCUACAAUUCUUCUCUUUUUAGUAUCAAAAUGUGGUAUCUUACAAAACAGUUGUAUGUUGUUACUUGUACUUUAAAGUUAUAUUUUGUUACACUUUUUCUUUGGUGUAUUUCAUUGUUUCUUACGUAGUGUAGGUCAUUUUGAGGAGGCAGUACAAUUGGUAUGAAAAAAGGCACAUUAUUUUUAAAAAAUCAAGUUAGGGGACUACUCAUGUUGAUGAUAUUUGAUUUCCAUUUUUAACUUUGUAUAAUUGUAUAUGUUUGUGUUAAGCUGUUAUCUGAGGAAUAAGUGUUUUAAUGUAUGCCAAAUGUACUGUUCUCUGUAAGUAUGGAGAAUCUGUUCCAUCUGUUUCAGUUAAUUUACUAAAGGUUUGUGAUUAUUCAGGACCUAAAGAAAUAAUGUGUGCAAAUGCUAAUUUUGAAACUAUUACAUUUUUUAUUAACUUCAAGAAAUAGACCUUUCCCUUCUGUUUUUGUUUUGUUUUGAGUUCACUUUUGGCCAGAGGUAAAAUAACUGCAUUUUGCAUAAAACUUUUAUUUUCUGUAACAUUCCCUUUGGUUUUCUACUUGUUUAACUAUCUAGUAUUGUUAUGUACUUACAAUUGUAAGGGGUAUUUUCUUGCAUUUCCUUUCAUUAUAAUGCUUUAUUGUAUAUUGUGUAUUACAAAGCUUUACAAGUCCAUAACUAUGUUGGAGUCUCAGAUGGAUUGAGACUCCUAGUUUUGUGACAAAGUUGUGAUAAACAUGGCCUUUUUUAAUAGUAGCUGAAAUAUGCAAUGAAUGAUUGUAAAGGUAUUGAAUGAAUGGUUCAGCUGUAAAUAAUAUGUCUUGUAAGGGAGUAGAUAUGGUAAUAUUAACUACAAAGACUGCAAUGUAGACACUUGUAAGCAUAAUAGGUCUAAACACUUAAACUGAAUUCUUGAACAGUUACACAAGGUGCUUGUAUGCUUUAUAAAAGAGUGACUGAGCAAGAGGUCUCAGGUUUUGCAUAGAUUUUCAUAGGGGUCAAGUUAUUGGGUUUCAGUGCUAAGAAAAUACUUGCAAAGAAGUUAUGACUAUUGCAAAGAAGUUAUGACUAUUUCCUGUUUCUGUAAAAAUAUCAAAAGAUACAUUUGUUUGAUUUUAUUAAAAAUAUUUUGUGCUGGUUGUGACAUGUGAAGGGCAAAGGUGUCUUUUUGUCUGUACUUUAGACAGUAUUAAAUCUAAUAUCAGCAAUGUGUAAGUACUUAAUUGAAGUACCUCUUAUAAUAGACUGUCAUGUGAAUCUCGUGAGACUAGUUAGAAUUAAGAAAACUGGGCAAAAUGUUUUAUAUUUACACUCUGGGCAUAUUAUUUUGAGAGGGAUCUUGUUGUACUGUUUGAUGAAAUGUAUGAGGUAAUGUAAAUUUAACAUAUUUAUUGGGAAGAUAUUUAAUAAAUUAUUAUAUUUAUUAAUAGAUAAGCAGCUUUAAUGAGAAUGAAUGAUAAGGUAUUUCCCAAAUGCUGUAACUAAUCAGUGGUCACAUAUACCUCCUUUGAGGCCUAGAAGUCUAAAAUUGGUAUUUAUGUAAAAUACUAAAAUUAAUUCAGGAAUGAUAUAACAGGAUUAUGUCUGCUUGGGAGACAUGAAGUGAAAGUAGACAUGCAAUUAUUUUGAGUGUGCAAUAAAUCUUGCGUUAGAUUGUGAUGGUGUAAAGCUAGAAGAUUAAGUUGCUUUAUCAGUUAUAUUUAGUGCAAUUUUUCAAGAGAAAAUGCUAUUAAAUUUAUAUACUUCCUUUUUUGUAUUUUUCUGAUAGUUUUGAUGGUAUGGUUAUUAUAAAUAUUGAAUGUAAAGAAUUGUGAAAAUAUUUACUAUUGGAGUAAUAAUCAUACAGAAAAUGUUCUGAAUAACUGUCAUUAGCAAAGAGUGUAUUUGCAUAUUUGUAUAAUUAUAACUGCCCAUAAAAAUCUCUGGUAUUUGUUGGUGUGGUGAAACUGGAGAGAAAUGUCUCUUGCUGUAAGAGAUUGUAUUAAGAAGUAAAAAUUGCAACUAUAUACUGCAACCAUUUUUUUCUCUGAUUAGCAAAAACCUUUGAUGAUGAAAUAGAAAAGCACAGUAGAAGGAUGGAAUGGUUAAUUAAAAUUAAUCUAUACUGUAGCUAGUUUAGAAUAGGAAAUCAUUUACAUUCAAAGUGCCUUAUAUGAUGGCUAGUGAGUUUAUCUUCCAUUGUAUCUAUAAAGAGUAUUUUGCAUAUAGGUCAUUCUUGGUUGUAAUAGAAUAUUUAACUGCAGCAAGAAGAUAUGGAUGCAUGGAUGUAUGUAUUUACAUAGGGGCAUAUGCAUGCACACUUAUACUUUUAAAAUCUGUAACUUGAACUCGGUCAAUAUUCAUAUGGAUACCCACGCAUACAUAUACUUCAUUUCAUUUACAUAUGUGUAUCUUUAUGUUUAAAUGUCUAUAAGGGUGAAAGGAUCAUUUAAUUUUCUUUUUUGAUAGGCAAGAGACUGUUUUUGUAAUUUAGAAACUGAAAGUUGUUAAGACUUAACAGAAUGUCAUCCCAUGGUUAUUUUGAUAACUGUGCAUAACACAUAAAUAAAUCAUACAAAUGUAUAUAUUGUA